AUGCCUUACAAUUGCCAGUUACAAUAUCGCCCUUGGAAAGACAACCCCGCUGACUUCAUGAGCCGCCAUCCCAAACCAGUAAAUUUCAUAAACGAAACUGAGAACUUAGCUGAACUUUACGCAAAUUAUGUUUGUUCGAACGCCAUUCCCAAAGCCAUGACUCGUGAAGAAGUCAAACUUGAAACCAAGCUGGACCCUCUCCUCCAAAAAGUAGUCACAGCGAUUUCCCUCAACUGGACCGAUCCAACUGUCGAACGCUACCGCCGUUUCCAAGACGAAUUGAUGGUCUGUGACGAAGUUAUCCUCCGUGGAAACCGUAUUGUUCUCCCACAGUCUCUGCACAAUCGAGCCAUCGAGUUAGCCCACCUUGGCCAUCAAGGCAUUGUUAAAACAAAGCAACUCCUAUGCGAAAAAGUCUGGUUUCCAGACAUUGACAAAAUUGUUGAAGCCAACGUCAAGAUGUGUUUGCCCUUUCAAGCCUCUACCCAAGGAACGUCUUCACCUCCAAGCAGAACCACUGAAACUCUCCCCGCUCCCAGAGAAAGCUUGGACCAAUGUGGCAGUUGAUUUCGUUGGACCAUUUUCCACCGGCGAAUACCUGAUAGUCGUGAUUGAUGAAUACAGUCGAUACCCGGAAGUCGAAAUUCUCACCACCACAUCCGCAAUUCCAAAGCUUGAUGCCAUAUUCUCCAGACAAGGCAUCCCUGAGAUUCUCAAGUCAGAUAAUGGCCCUCCAUUUAAUGGUGAAGAGUUUGAGAACUUUGCCAACCACCUCGGUUUUAAGCACCGUAAGAUAACCCCAUACUGGCCAAGAGCCAACGGCGAAGCUGAACGCUUCAUGAAAACUAUUGAGAAAGCAAUUCGAGCUGCCACAGUUGAAGGUCGGAACUGGAAACAAGCCAUGUAUAACUUCCUGCGCCAGUAUUGUGCCACACCACAUAGCACCAUCUCCGUAUCCACUAAAUAACCGAAAGCUAAAAACGUACCUUCCAGAUUCCCCAUCAACACCAAGCAACUCCGAGAAAGAUGAGGAGAUACGUAGUCGAGACGAAAAGAACAAAUCAACCAUGAAAUCAUACAGCGACAAACGAAGUCGUGCCAAGCCAAACAACAUCACCCUCUGUGACACAUGUCCUCCUACGACAACCGAAAUUGAAUAA